AUACUUUGCGUGCUAACUUUGGAAAGAAUAUGAGUGCUAUAUAGUGUAUAUAUACCCGUGAAUGUGUAUAUGCCAAAACUAAAGAAGUGCAUGAUUUGCGUUGAGUGAUAAGCAUAUUGUUACUCAGCUUUGAUCCAUAAGUACUUUUCGGCAUUCAGAAUGGCAUCGAAUCCACCACCACCACCAGGAGCAACUACUCCUCAGCCACAGCCACCGCAACCACCAGCAGAAGGAACUACUCCUCAGCCACAGCCGCCGCCAGGAGCAACGGAUUCAAAACCACAACCGACAUCGCAACCGUUGGAGGCAUCGCCUGAGCAGCUGUCACCCCCACCCGUAGAGGCAACGGUUCAACAGUCAGAGCCGCAGCCUCUUCACCCACCAUCACCACCGUUGCAGUUGCAGUUGCCUCCCCCAGAAGCAGGAGCAACGGCUCCACAACCACAACUGCAGCCGCUGUCAGCAGCAGAAGCAACAGUUCCACAACCACAACUGCAGUCGCCACCAUCACCGCAAUCAAAGGCUUCACAGCCACAACCACAACCGCCACCAUCAGCGGAACCGACUUCGCAGCCGCAACCUCCCCCAUUGGAGGCAGCAACUUCACAGUUGCCGCCAACACCAGCUGCAGAAACGGCUGCACAAUCACAGCUACAGCAGCCUCCAUCACCAAGAACAACUGCUUCACAGAACCAACCACCCCCGCCGCCAUCAGAGGAAUCGAAUUCUCAGGUGCCGCCGUCACCUGGAGGGACGGCUUCACAAGCAGAACCACUACAAGUAGAAACGGCUCCAAAACCACCACAUGAAACACCAACAGAACCAGGAGAAUCGGCUCCACAGCCGCAGCAGACACCGCCAGCAUCAGGAGCAACGGCUUCACAGCCACACCCAGAAGCAACGGCUCCACAACCACAGCCGCAGCAGACACCGCCAGCAUCAGGAGCAACGGCUUCACAGCCGCAACGAUCAUCAGAAGCAAACGAUACAGAGCCGCAGCCACAGCCACACCCAGAAGCAACGGCUUCAGGGACGUCGAAGUCACAGCCCCAGCACCAGCCGCAGCCACUAGCCGGAGCAACGGCUGGUGCGCCCCAAUCACAGCCACAGCCACCAGCUGGAGCAACGGUUUCACAGCCACGACCACCAGUGGAGGUAUCGACCGAAGAAAAGCUGAUAAAAGAUAUUACAGAAAGCCUUAAAAAUCCCCAGACUACCAUUAUUUUCGGGGAAGCUGGAGUGGGGAAAACAUACAUGGCUAAAAAGAUAUUGAAAGGUAUAAAAAAGAGCAAAAAUGGUUCUCAAACCAGUCUUGAGGUCUCAUUUGCUGUCACCCUUUGGCUUUCUCUCAACAAAAGAUACGAUCAUCCUCAUCCUGAUCAGCAGCAAAUGUCGUCCCUUAUUGAAGACCUCGCUCGCCAGUUGUCUGUUCUUCCCCGUAUUGAAGGAGGUUUUGAAGAUGAUGAUGAGGAAGUUGUGUUGAACCAAGACAAUAAUGGCCUAGGUGGAGGAGAGGAGGAGGAGAAGAAGAAGAAGAAGAAGGAGAAGUCAGAAGACACUAAUCGGAUAAAGACACUGGAAGCAAACAUAAGUGACAAGCUAGCAGAAUUAAUGAAAGAUGAUGAUCCGGAGUGUAGUACUAAAAAUGUUCUUUUAGUUCUUGAUGGCGAUCCUUCUGAUGUAAAUAUUCGAUUUGGUGUCAUCUGUAAACUUAAAGGCCUCAUGAAGGGGAAGGAAAGUAAUUUGAGAGUUUUGAUCACGACCAGAGUACGAGAUUCUGAUGAUAUUGAUAACCCUAUUGAAAUCCCACUUUUGAAGUCCGGCGAGUUUCUAAAGUUAAUGUUGGAGCAAAUUAGUCCGAAGGAAAAUGAUUCAGAUAAGAUUAAGACUCUAUUUGAAGGGACCAUUUUCAAAGAUGCAGCUGUUGAGAUUCAGAUGCCCGCUGCGGUAGCUGUUCUUGUUGGAAAAGCGUUGAACAAGUUUCGAAAAGAUGGGGCCACCUGUGUGGAGUUAUUAGAAAAGGCUUUGAAAAAAGCAACAGAAUUGAAAACAGAAAAGAAGGCGGAGAUAAUGACAUGUUUAGCUUGUUCUGUUUAUGAGAUGUUGCCGAGUGAUGAUAAGGCCUUGAUCAAUUGUUGUUGGUAUAGCAAGAAGUUCUUUUCCAGCAUAAAAAAUCAAUGUGUCCACUACAACGAGUUGAUAGCUCACUGGAUCUUGGAGGGCUGUCUAGAGUCAUCUAACUCUAUUGAAAAGGCUUAUGAAGAGGGCUACCACAUUUUGAAAGAACUAAGGUACCGCAGUUUGCUCAAAAAAGAAGAUGAAGAGUUUGUCAAAAUGGAAGAAGUGGCAUUUGAUGUUCCUGAUCUUCGAUACAAGGGGUUCGAUGAGACCGCGAUGUUGGGAUUGCCGGAAGUAUUGGCAGUACAAAAAGAUGAUCAAGAAUGGCUAGGUGAUUUCGGGAGGAUAUCAGUUGCAGAUGGUAUGAUAAGAACAAUUUGUGGACAUAACAACUGGGGAAAGGUCUCUACAUUGUUUAUACAUGGAAAUCGUCUUUGUAGAGAAGUUCCCACGACAUUUUUUGAGUAUAUGAAAGAAUUGCAGACACUUGUUUUGAUAAAUCCAAGGUUGAAGACUCUGGAGUCUAUGUCUAUCUCUAAUCUACCCAAGCUUCAAGUUCUGGUGGUUAGGGGUUGUGAUGUUUUGGACACUGGGAUCGAUUCGAUCAGUAAAUUUUCUUUGACAGUUUUGGAAAUUUCUGGUGCCAAAUCUUUGAAGAAUCUCCCAGAUGGUCUAUUUGACAACAUGUCUCAUCUUCGAAGUCUUAACCUUUCUGAAGUCCAGGUCAAGCUUCUACCAAAGUCUUUUACCAACUUGACUCAGCUUCAAUGGCUCAUCCUUAGGGGCUGUUCUCGCUUGGAGGAAAUGCCAAAUGUGAAAACAUUUAAAGAUCUUAAGGUACUUGACAUGGCUGGUGUGUCUUCUUUGAAGGUAUUUAAAGACAAAAACUUUGGAUCUCUUAAGUGUCUUAGAGUGCUUGACUAUUCCCAGGCCAAAAUAGCACCUUCACCAUUUGUACACGAUCUACAUGAGCUCACUAGGCUCACACUAAUAGGUUGUUCUGAAAUAACUAGAGUUCCCCACUUUGACAAAUUGUCUAAACUUCAAAUUCUUGAACUCUCUGGUGCUAAAAAAUUGGUGGAGUUUUACCAGCCAAGCUUAGAAAAUAAAAGUGUCCUUCGAAUCCUUGACUUGUCUAAAACCAAAAUCAGUCAACUACCUUCAAGUUUUAAUGACCUACCAAGACUUGAGAAUCUUAAUCUCUCUCAUAUGUCAUCUUUGGAAGAUUUGACAAAUGUUAGCUUCAGCCGAUUCAGGUGCCUCCAAAUCUUUAACUUGUCGAAUACUCCUAUGAAGACACUUCCAUCACUUUCCAACCUCAGUAACCUUCGAGAGCUCUUUCUCAAAGAUUGUAAGAACUUGGAAAAGCUUCCAGAAAUGGAAGAACUUACCAAUCUUGAGAUACUUGAUGUGUCAGGAGCUACAUCAUUGAAGGAAAUACAAAAUGAACAGUUGACAACAUCAAAGUUGCGCAAACUUUUACUAAAAGAUUGUGAGAGUCUUCAGAAGUUGCCUGCUUUGAAAGACUCUGAAAAUCUUGAAGAGCUGAAUCUUUCAGGUUGUAAGGUACUAAAAAUUAACAAGCAAUCCUUUGAGGGCAGGUCUCUUAGGAUACUCAACCUCUCUGAAACUCAGAUUCAGAACCUGUCUUCUCUUUCCACUCCCAACCUUCGUCAGCUCAUACUGGCGAAAUGUACCGAGUUGAAGGAACUUCCACUGAGUUCACUGUCAAAACUUGAGGAGCUUAACCUGAGCGGUCCAAAUAAGUUACAAGGGUCAAAAUUUCCCUUCAACAACAUUGAAGAACUCCAUACUCUUGACAUUUCUGACACGUCCAUUGCUCUGUUAUCCAACUUCUCCGAAUGUACCAAACUAAAGAAACUCUCUUUACGCAAGUGUUGCUUCGUUGGAACAAACCCACAAUUGGAGAAACUUACAUUGCUUGAGGUUUUGGAUCUUUCAGAUACUGCAAUUGUUCCUGACCAAUCAUCGCCUCAGAAUUCUAACGACCAUGUUAAUCAAGGAAACAAACCCUUGAUAUUAGAUGGGGAGAAAAUUGAACAUCUUUUGAAAUUAACUGAUCUUGAUCUCAGGGGGACUCAACUCAAAAAUUUCCCGUAUUGGAUCUCAAAGUUGACGAACUUGCAAAGGCUUCGCCUCCCUGACUUAGAAAGCUUUAAAGAGCUCGACUGGGGUAAGAUCAAGCAUCUACCAGAUGAUCUCAAUUGGGAAGAAUGUGGCAUCUUCACUUUGGAUGCUAAAAAUACCGAAAUGCCAUCAAUUUCAAUCAAUGGUACGAAAAUGUUCAAUGCUUUAAAGAAAAAGUCUGUCGUAUGGGACAACUGCUUCAAAAAAAUUUGUAUUUUUGUUUAUCCUUUAAACAAAAAUGGCGAAGAUGAAGAUAUCUAUCGUAAAAGAGAUCAAAAAUUCUUCAAAAACAUCUACUUCAAGAUGAUACAUUGUCCUGAUAGCUACGAGAGGUUUCUAGAGAUCCGGGGCUUCAAUUUCAAAACUCCUCUUAAUGAUCUUGAGGAUGCCUUGAUGAAUUUUGAUUGUUUAUCUUUCAUUGAAGAUGAUGGUCUAAUGUGUCUGGCUGAUGUUGGAAUUCAAAAAUUAGAGAAACUGACAAGCUUGUGGCUGGAGAGGUGUCCCGAAAUAGAGUUCAUAUUUAGUGAAAAAAAACCUGUCACAGUGAGUAAAAGUUUCAACCUUUUAUGGGUUUCAAACCUUCCCAAGUUGACGAGUUUGUACAUCGAGAAUGUGGAUGAGGAUCAGUUCAAGAAUCUCAAACAGUUGUACCUAGAUUGCUGCCCGAAGCUUGAAUCUGUCUUCAAUUCAACUCAGGUGCCAGAAAAGCUUGAGAAGCUCCAUGUCAAGUUCUGUGACAAGUUGUCGACUUUGUUCAAUUUUGGUUCUUCAGAGCAUAAACUGUUGAACUUGGAGGAAUUGCAUCUACUAGAACUGCCUGAGUUGGCUAGUGUUGGGGCUAAGUUGCCUGGUCUUCAAAAGGCAAAAAUUAAAGGUUGCCCAAAAUUUGAUGAAUCUAGCUUCAGAAGUAGCCUCGAAUUGGAGAACAAAACGAUCAAUGAAAUCCAUGUUGAAGAAAAUAGAGAAAUAGGUGCUCGCACAAGACAGAAGUAGCCUCGAAUUGUGUGAUUGAAUAUAUAUAUAUGACUAUCCUGAUGACUUGAGUGUGUGAGAAAUGAAUAAGUGAAGAUUUAGUAUUCUUGUGAAGAGUGAGUCGAUGAUAUAUGAAAUAAGGCUUUUGUGUGUGUGUGAUA